AGCCCGAGACCCAGCCAGUCAGCCACCACCUUGUGAAGCAGGCUGCCGGUGGGAUGGCCAUGGGCGUAUUCGGCGUGACCCCGCUCUAUGAAGGCUGGGACAUCAGCAGAAUUCGGCUGAAGACAGAGGAGCCUCUGAAGCCGGCUCACCCACUGGGGCCUCUGGUCCCAUCCAAGACCAAGCUCACCACCAUCGAGACUAAGCGCAUCAUGUCGGUGCUCGACGAGACCAUCUACAAGGUGGAGCUGAUCAGCUUGCUGUCCUACAUGGAGGAGCAUCCCAAGGCCCUGGAGGGGGUGCUGCCGCCAGAGAUCAUGAGUGUCGUGAAAGAUCACCUGAACUUCUGCCAGGCCCUCCUGCAAAUGGUCAGCUUCCUGCAGGAGAAAGAGAGGCAGCUGGAGGAAAAGAAUGGCCAGCAGGAAAGGUGGUACCAUGACUCCCACACCAUGGACAUGUACAAGGCCAGUAUCCCGAUGAUCAUACAGCAGGUCCAGGAGACCACGAAAAACGUCCUGAGAUGCCUGCUCAGCAACCCCUCAUCGGUCAAGCUCCUGCAGGAGCGGGCACCGGGCCGGAGCGCAGAGGCCCAGUGCUUCCUCCAGAGCCUGGUGGAGAUGCGGGGCUUCCUCUUCGAGAAGCUUCUCACCAGCCCCAUGGAGGUGAAGGAGAGGGCCCAGUUCCUGUACGACAUCACCCGGAGGAACAACCGGAACCAAGAGCUCAUCAAUUCUCUGGAAAACGAACUGGCCGAGAGAAUGAAGAACAGAGACAUGGAGGUGGAAAAGGAGAACUUCGUGAUCCAGGAGCUGAAGAACCACCUCCACCAGGUGCUCAGGUUCUCGGAGAACACGCUGCUCCGCACGAAGCAGGAAGCGGAGAAGCAGCAGAAGAUAGAUUUCCGGGCAGGGCAGGCCAGACUGGCCAAGGUCCAGCAGGAGGUGCUGCUGCUGCGAUCCCAGUUCCACAACUUGACCAUGGAGAACUGGGAGGCAGAGCAGGCGCUGAGGAAGAAAAAAUACAAAGUAGAGACGGAAAUUGAGAACUGGAUCCAGAAAUACGAUUCUGAGAUGGGUGAGAAGCAGGAGGAGAUCGAGGAGCUGGACAGCAUCCACAAGGAGGAGAAGCAGCAGCUGGCCGAGCUGCAGCAGAGGCACAAGGUGCUGGUGGAGGAGUUCUCCCAGAUCCAGGCAGAGCGGGAGAUCACCUCCAAGAAGAGGAUGGAGGCGGAGCGGGAGAUGGUGCGGAUGGUGAAGGCCGCCACGGUCAUCCAGGCCGUGUGGAAGGGCUACCUGGUCCGCUCCAUGCUCAAGUCCAAGAAGCGGGGCAAGGGCAAAGGCGGUGCAGGCAAAGGCGGCGGUGCGGGCAAAGGCGGCAAGGGCAAGGGCAAGGGCAAAGGCAAGAAAUGAGCCCCGCUCCCAGUGGCCGGGCUCCCCAGAGCUCCGCACCGGCCAGACACAGCUGUUUUGUCAGCAUUUGGAAUCUGAAGCAAGUUUGAAGUCGUUUCUGUACCCCUACAAAUAAACUUCUCUACAGGGCUGUCUGUGCGCCUGCCUCCCGUGCGGCAUGCGGAAGGCGUGAAUCCAUGGCUGGAUUUCAGUAGGAAGGAGACCCGUCAAAGUGCCUCCA